CACGCGAAACAAUACUAUGUGCUCUAUGAUUGUGUAAUAAGGUUUACUGUUGGUUGUGUUUCAUUACUGGAGUAUUCAGAACUUGCGAAGAGCUGUAAAGGUUUCAGUGAGGUGUCCAAGUAUGAUAUCGACGCUCCGUAUAUUUUCUUGUCUUUUAUUUUUGAUGGUUUUGUGACGAAAAUAGUGUUUUACUUGUGGUUUUUCAAAGAAACAGUCAUCAUGUCGCUGGUGAUGGUCCUGUUGAUGGCUGGUCUGGUCACAGGAGUGCCCCAGAAACCCAACCUGGACGCCAUCUUGAAUCGGCGGACGGACGUUUACAUAGCUGGUUUCUUCCCUUUCGGCAAGGGGGUGGAAAAUUCAAACACUGGUCGAGGUGUGAUGCCGAGCGUGAAGCUGGCUCUGGACCAUGUUAAUGAACACGAAUCAGUGUUGAGGAACUACAGGCUUCAUAUGUGGUGGAAUGACACAGAGUGUAACGCAGCUGUCGGUGUGAAGUCCUUCUUCGACAUGAUGCACAGUGGACCACACAAGUUGAUGCUGUUCGGAGCUGCUUGUACUCACGUUACCGACCCUAUAGCAAAGGCGUCUAAGCACUGGCAUCUUACACAGCUCUCAUACGCCGAUACACAUCCGAUGUUCACAAAAGAAGCAUUUCCGAACUUUUUUCGCAUUGUGCCAUCAGAGAACGCGUUCAAUAUGCCUCGGAUCAGGUUACUGGAGCAUUUCAAUUGGACCAGAGUUGGCACCAUUUACCAGAAUGAACCCAGAUAUGCUCUGGCCCACAAUCGCCUUUUAGCUGAGCUAGAUGCCGCGAAAUUUAUAGUUGACGAAUCACAGAGCUUCGCGACAGAAGUGAAGACCGCGCUGACGAAACUUAAGGAGAAGGACAUCAGGAUCAUUUUGGGAAACUUCAAUGAAACUUGGGCUUUGAAAAUAUUCUGCGAGGCCUAUAAGCUGGAAAUGUAUGGUCGCGCGUACACGUGGCUACUGUUGGGCACGUACAGUGGUCGGUGGUGGACGCGCCGGGCUCCUUGUGACCGCACCGAGCUCAGGGCUGCCCUUGACACUGCCAUCCUCGCCGAUCUCCUACCACUGUCAACCACCGGGGAGACAACAGUGUCUGGCAUCACGGCCAAAGACUAUCAAGUCGAAUACGAUAGAAGGAGAGGAAUCGAAUAUUCUAGAUUCCAUGGAUAUACUUACGAUGGUAUAUGGGCAAUGGCAUUAGCAAUCCAGACAGUUGCUCAUAGAGUUAAGUUAAAAUAUAAAGAGAAGACAGUCCAGGAUUUCAGAUAUCGAGAUAAGGAAUGGGAGCAGCUAUUUUUAGAUGCAUUGAGCAAUGUUACGUUUGAAGGUGUUACGGGUCCGGUCCGUUUCUAUGACAACGAGCGCAAGGCUUCCAUCCUGCUGAAGCAGUUUCAGGGAGAAGCUGGGGAAGUGAAAGUCGGCGAGUACUGCGCCGAAAGAGAUAGGCUCGAUCUUGCAGGGGAUGCUUUUAAAUGGGUCGGCAAAAAUCCUCCCAAAGAUCGUACGUUGCGUCUGAUCGAACACACUCAAGUCAACAUCACUAUUUACGCGGUGUUGGUGUCGUGUUCCGUGCUCGGCAUCCUGUUAGCUACAGGCUUCUUGGCUAUGAAUAUACAUUAUAGAAAUCAACGGUACAUAAAAAUGUCAUCUCCUCACCUGAACAACCUCAUCAUAGUGGGCUGUAUGCUCACCUACAUGAGUGUCAUCUUCCUGGGCCUGGACUCCAGCCUCAGCAGCAUUGCCGCGUUCCCCUACAUCUGCACGGCUCGCGCUUGGCUCCUCAUGGCGGGGUUCAGUCUCGCUUUCGGUGCGAUGUUCUCCAAGACUUGGCGCGUUCACUCAAUCUUCACGGACGUCAAACUUAACAAGAAGGUUAUCAAAGACUACCAACUGUUCAUGGUGGUGGGCGUGUUGCUGUGCAUCGAUUUAGCCAUCAUGACCACGUGGCAAAUAUCUGACCCAUUUUACCGAGCAACGAAACAGAUGGAGGCCUAUGUUAGUCAAACAAACGAAGAUUAUCCUCAUCCGACCAGCGAGGACAUAGUCAUAGUACAAGAGAAUGAGUACUGCCAGUCGGAGCGGAUGCCUAUAUUCAUUGGCAUCAUAUAUGCUUAUAAAGGACUUUUACUGAUAUUCGGAGCGUUCCUGGCGUGGGAAACAAGACACGUCUCAAUCCCAGCUUUGAACGACUCCAAACACAUCGGUCUGUCCGUGUACAAUGUGCUCAUCAUGUGUAUCAUGGGUGCUCCCAUAGCUUUAGUACUGGCAGACCAUAAGGACGCUCUAUUCGUACUGAUUGCAAUUUUUAUAAUUUUUUGCACGACAGGAACUCUAUGCUUAGUAUUUGUACCCAAAUUGGUAGAGCUUCGCCGUAACGGUCAAGGCGGGACGGGCGGCGCUCGCAUCCGCGCCACGCUCCGCCCAGCCGCCCCACACGACUGCCGAUCACCAGGUCCCGAGCUGGAGAGACGGCUCAAAGAACUGCGACAGUACAACACGAGAUACAGACGAACCUUGCAAGCCAAGGAGAACGAACUACAGAUGCUCUUGAGCAAACUUGGAAGCGACGCCAGUUCAGAAUCAUCGAUUCGGGAUUCAAAAUCACCUUCGUCUACACGAACUCGGUUACCGGUACCGAGAGAAAAUAUAAGUCAUCCAGAGACAAGUGAUAUUACAUCGGUGUGUAGUCUCAGUGCUUCAGCCGGAGCGGAAACUGAGUUUAUCGGUAUGCAGACUCAAAUGUCCACUGAAAAACUGAAGCCAUCGGCGCCACCGGAACCUAUAAAGGAAGUAAAAGAACCGAAGAAAGAACAAACAAAGGCGGUCUCUUUCAAGAACCACUUGGACUACACGAGUCCGCCUUCAUCAAAAGCUGUUCCUGAGAAGGAUCAACUCGCCAAGCUUCCUUACGGAUGGUCUUCUGAGGAACAAGACGCACCGAAAGCAAGGGUAUCAGAGCCGGUGAAGGCAGAAGCGAAGACUAUUCCAGCGCUGAAAGCAAGCGACACUCCGGUCGCGAAAUCCAUGCCCGCUAAAGUUCAGGAACCUAUGUACACUAAAGCUGCGUCUAAAAUAUUAAAGACUCCCGAACAACAGAGACAGCCGAAACCAGACAAGCCGUAUAAAUCGGGUCCUCGAACACAUCGCCGCGUGUCUAGCGUCGCGGCCGGACUCAGAGAGCUGUUAGAACCACCGCCCGGACUUGAGAGGACCGUCAUAGGGCAAGAACGCGAUCCGCCCCCAGCGGUGAGAACUAAACAGGAACCGGAAGAUAUUUUGGACAUCGAACACGACUAUUCAUCGACGGAAAGAAGAAAGACAUGCCAAAGAAGAGAUUCAGAAAAAAGGAAGAAAGAGUUCAUAGUAGUACAAAGCGACUUGUGGGACACGAACACUUUCCAAUAUACUUGUCAGAAAACGCCUCCAAGCCACCCUCAUACACCAAUGCAGAGGAGCGUCUCCGAGAAGAGUAGACAACAAUCUUCGCCGCAUCAUCACAGGGAACCAGAAACCCGAAGUACAGAGCGUAGAGCUUCGAACGCGUCCAUCAACCACGUUGGUGCUCCAAGAGUUGGAACCCCAGAAGGAUAUAGAGAAGCCGAAACCCUUCGCAUGAGCGACCGUAUUUCGAAAAGACGUGGUUCUGAAUUUCCACAGCCGGUGAGCACACCGCCUCACCAGAUACAAUCCAAACGAAGGCAAUCAGCUGCUGUGGUGCGAUCGUACCAGGAAGAGAGAGGCGAUAAAAAUGAGAUACAAAGGAUAUUAAACGAUAUUCCAAAAGAUAUAAUAGAAGCAAUCCCACCUCCUGAAACUGUGGAAAUUCCAGACAGGAAACCAGAUCCCGACAUAAUACGAGUGUCCAAAAAGCCAGAAUCUCCAGUUAAAAGAAUCCAAGACCCGGAUACGAUAAGGGUCACGAAGGGUCAGGAUUCACCCUCAAGGAGACUGAGACAGGAAGCGGAACCACUGAAGAGAGCGAAAGGUGCUGGCGAUUCGCCAAGACUAACUCAGGCAGCACAGGCGAGACCUGACCAUCACAAAAGCAGCCCCAAUGUUGCUUCCAGACACAAAGCUGAAUCUCCAAAAUCACGAGAAGAGCGUAAGUCCGCGACCUACUCCCGUUCAGAUUCCAAACGUCAGGAAUCAGCGGAACGCAAGAUGUACACAGCUAGUUCAGAGUCUGAAUUAUUCGAGUGCGCCAUUUUACCUAUCUUCCACAAACUACUAACCGAACGACACAAGAGUCAACCGCACGGCCUCAACCUAACAUACGGUGUCAGCUGUCCUAACAUCUCUAUUAAAUGCGAUAUUGUUGAAUAUUUAUAAAUAAAUACCAUUCAGAAUACUUUCACCUAAAACGGAACACCAUUUAUAUUCGGUACUGAAUCUAGUUUUAGGAUUUUCUAGGAUAAUUAAUACUUAUGAUUUACGAUGGUUGGAUUUUUCCUAUAGAAUUCUGUUCAAAACAUUAAUAUUAAAAUGACGAUAGUUUAGUGUUAGGUAGGUAAAUGAGCUUGGUUCACACACCGGCUAGAAUUUAUGCUAAAAUCAAUUAUGUACAUAAAUUAUAUCAAUAAGUACUAAAGGGUAGAAUUAGAUUUAAAUUAUAUGUUAAUAGCGCUACCUGUACCACGGUCUAAAAAUGCAAUGUUCUAUUAUUAUAGUGUUCUUGUUACAAAUAGUUAAAAUCUUUGUACGCGAAUUUCUUUUUCUAAGACACAUUUUUAGUAAUGGCAACAUUUGAAUUUAACGAUUGCUUCAGUUGUUUACCUAUUUAGAUUUAAUUAUGACUGUUGUUUUUAGCUGUAAUUAUAUAUUACAUCAGUUACUGUUUCGAAACCUGUAUAUUUCAAACAGAAUACAUAAAUAAGUUAAUCAAUGGAAGUUUUUUGUUACAUAAAUGUUCUAGUUAGUAAGUUUUA